UCAAUUUUCAAUUUUCAAUACCAAAAUUUUCUUUUUUCCUCACCUACUUUGGCAAUCGCCAUUUCGUUUUCAGACACUUCUUAUUAUUUAUUUAGCCGCAUUUUUCAUUUCCUUUUUCUUGUUUUUGUCACUGAUUUUUAUUGAAGAUUCUUUCCCCUGGUCUCAAGUUUUUUGGUAAUUCAUGGGAGGUAUGGAUUUCUUGGCUACAUCUGAAGGGCAAUUGUUUGUUGGUGUUGCUGUUGCUCUUGUUGCUGUUGGUGCUGUGUAUUUCUUGUUUUCCUCCAAGAAGCCCAAAGUUUGCUUGAAUCCCGAAACUUUCAAGGAGUUCAAGCUUUUCAAGAAAACGCAACUCAGCCAUAACGUAGCAAAGUUCAAAUUCGCUCUUCCUACACCCACUUCCGUUUUAGGCCUUCCCAUAGGGCAACACAUAAGCUGCAGGGGCAAAGAUGGUCAAGGUGAAGAGGUCAUUAAACCAUACACUCCAACUACUUUGGAUUCCGAUGUUGGGUAUUUUGAGUUAGUUAUAAAGAUGUAUCCACAAGGAAGAAUGUCUCAUCAUUUUCGAGAAAUGCGUGAAGGUGAUUAUAUGUCCGUCAAAGGACCAAAGGGUCGUUUUAAGUACCAACCGGGCCAAGUGAAAGCAUUCGGAAUGCUUGCUGGCGGAUCUGGAAUCACACCAAUGUUCCAGGUUGCUAGAGCAAUCCUCGAAAACCCAAGUGACCACACAAAGGUGCAUCUGGUUUACGCUAAUGUUACUUCUGAUGACAUUCUGCUAAAGGAUGAAUUAGAUAGUCUUGCAAAAAACUACCCAGACAGGUUCAAAAUUUACUACGUACUUAACCAGCCCCCGGAAAUUUGGAACGGUGGAGUUGGUUUCGUGUCAAAGGAAAUGAUUCAAGCUAACUGCCCUGCACCAGCAUCUGAUAUUCAGAUAUUGAGAUGUGGUCCACCUCCAAUGAACAAGGCUAUGGCUGGUCAUCUUGAGGCUCUUGGAUAUUCUUCUGAGAUGCAAUUUCAGUUCUAAUUUUUGCCCUUGCCAUUUUUUUUCUUCUAAUUUAAACUUUAUUUUCGGGUAAAAUUACGUUCGAAUAUUAGGAUAUAAUUUUGCUUCCCUUAUUUUUUAUUCUGCAAUAAUGAUUUUCAGAGAAAUUGUAAACCUUAAUCUUUUGUCAAUCAUAAUUAAAUAAAUUAUCCCUUGGUUGAGUUA